AUGAUCGGUGGGAUUUUUCCAGUUUUUAACAAAGAGGUCAGCAGCACUUAUACUUUUGAGAGUGAGCCUCCUGGAGUGAAUUGUGCAGUAUUUGACCUACGAGCUUUUCGAUGGACCCAGGCAAUGAUAUUUGCUGUUGCAGAAAUCAACAAUGAUCCUGCUUUCCUUCCAAAUAUAUCUCUUGGUUAUAGGAUCCUUAACUCAUGCUCAUCUCCUACUAAUACGUUACGUGCUGCACUAACACUAGCUAGCAGACCACAGGGGAUAAAAGCUACUGCUUGUUCUCCAAUAACUUCCGUCAUAGCAGAGGCAGGAUCAUCUCAGUCCUUAGCUGUCGCUGGAAUUCUUGGACCAUUUCAAGUGCCAAUAGUAAGUUACUUCUCAACGUGUGCUUGUCUGAGUGACAGAACUAAAUAUCCUACAUUUUUUAGAACAAUCCCCAGCGACUAUUUCCAGGCAAAGGCGUUGGCUGCACUGGUCAAACAUUUUGGAUGGCAGUGGAUUGGAGCCAUACAGUCAGAUAAUGAUUAUGGACGUAAUGCAAUUCUUGCUUUUAAGCAGGAGGUUGAAAAGUUUGGGGUUUGCAUUGCUUUUGUUGGGUCAGUUCUGCGUACAUAUACAAGGGAUAAAAUUCUAGAAGCUGUAGAAAUGAUUAAACAGUCAACUGUCAAAGUAAUUCUAGCUUUUGCUCCUGAGGGUGACUUUUCUCCUUUGAUGAAGGAGGUAGUAAAACAAAACAUUACAGGGAUCCAGUGGCUUGGUAGUGAGGCUUGGAUAACAGCACCUCAGCCCUCCACACCUGAAAUAUACACAGCUUUUGGUGGCGCCCUGGGAUUUGUAAUGCAGAAGAUGGCUAUUCCGAAACUUAAACACUUUCUUACAAGUAUUAGUCCUUAUACAGAUCCACAUGCACCUUUUGUGAAGGAGUUCUGGCAGAUUAUGGUUAGUAAUAGCUUGCAAAAAGUGAAUUUCAUAAAUCAGUUUGGAGAUAAGGUGUUUUUUGAUGAGAAUGGCAAUCCUCCUGCUUCUUAUGAAAUUAUUAACUGGCAGAUGACAAAUGGAAAAGUCCCCACAUCGGUGUGUUCUAAUGUUUGUCCAGCAGGAACCAGGAAAGCUCAAAUUAAGGGAAAACCUAUAUGUUGUUUUGACUGUGUACCCUGUGCUGAGGGAACUAUAGCCAACUUAACAGCAGACUGCACACCUUGUCCAAAGGAAUACUGGUCCAAUGACAGGAAAGAUGAGUGCAUUCCUAGAACAAUUGAGUUUCUGAAAUAUCAUGAGCCCAUGGGAAUAGCUCUAACACUUGUAUCCCUGUUAGGGGCCUCUCUCUCCCUGGUGACAAUGGUGGUUUUUAUCAACUACAGAGAAACUCCCGUGAUAAAAGCCAGCAACUUUGAGCUGAGCUCUUUCUUAUUGUUUUCUCUUUUUCUGUGUUUUCUCUGUCCUCUCACUUUCCUUGGUAUGCCAACAGUCUGGACAUGCAUGCUGCGCCACACCGCUUUUGGUGUGACAUUUGCCCUUUGCAUUUCCUGUGUCUUGGGAAAAACCAUUGUUGUUGUUACAGCCUUCAAAGCUACAUUUCCUGGCAACAAAGUUGCUGGACAGUUUGGUCACGCACAACAAAGAAUUAUUGUUUGCUCCUGCACUUUGAUUCAAAUAGUAACAUGUGUGUUGUGGCUGACUUUAAAUCCACCUUACCCACAUAUGUUGUUCACAUACAGCAAUAGGAUGAUUGCUCUGGAAUGUAACACAGGCUCUGAGUUUGCUUUUUAUGCAGUGUUGGGAUACAUAGGGAUCCUUGCAAUCAUUUGUUUGAUCCUGGCAUUUAUGGCAAGAAAACUUCCUGAUAAUUUUAAUGAAGCCAAAUUGAUCACAUUCAGCCUGCUGAUAUUCUGUGCUGUGUGGAUUACCUUCAUCCCAGCAUACGUCAGUUCUCCUGGAAAGUUCACUGUAGCUGUAGAAAUAUUUGCAAUUUUGUCUUCAGCAUUUGGCUUAUUAAUUUGUAUUUUUGCACCCAAGUGUUACAUAAUAUUUCUUAAGCCAGAAAAAAAUACCAAGAAACAUGUUAUGGGAAAAAGUAUUAAGUAA